AAUAACAUAGGGGUGAGUUCAAAGAGUUGGCGCGGCAAUUAUUUUUGUUCUUCCAGCUGUGAAUAUGAUAUUGAUAUAACCACUUUUCCAUGGUGCAAAAAAGUUAUGCUCUCUGUUUUCCAAACUACAACUGUUUGUUACUUAUCUGUGGCGGGAGCACGCCAGGCAUGAGUGGUGCACACCUGGGCGAGUGGCAGAGGAGGUCCUUUGACAUUUCAUCUGGCACCUGCACACCUGAACAGACGGCAGACGCCUAUCGGGUGCACAUCCUUGCCAUACAAUAUGCAUGGGCGAGCGCCCAGCUCUCUCAGGCCGGCACGGGCAGCCUGCUCAGGACCUACUCGGAGCGCUAUGCUGCAGUGCUGGACUCGGAAGAACCUCGCACAGGGCUUAACAACUAUGCAGAGAGCGUACUGCACCUGGCCCGCAGUCAGAGGAACCACAGCGACAAAUGGGAAUCGUCCCUGACAACUGCAGGUGUGCUGGAGCUGCCGUGCGUGCGGAAGAUGCUUCGGGCUGGGACAGGGGGUGGAAAGUCCCUUGUUGCACCUGCAGAUGUUAACAUCUUCGUUGGACAAGAGAGAGGAGGCAGCUCCCUGUCUCUUCCUUCCACUGGACUCGAAGCUGCAGAGACUCCAUUCAAAGCAUCGGGACCCCCAUCAUGGCCCAAGCCUGAGGGCAACAGCACUUUCAGCAUUUUACAUAGUGCUACAGCAGAAAGACCAAGAGGCGCUCAGGGAGUCCCCAGCUACCCCCAUUCCUCCGCUGGCCCCUCGGCACGGGCCCAGUCUCUGUUUUGCCAGCACUCCUCAGCUCCACCACAACCAAACCCAGCCCCUGCAGGUCACCAGUCUGUCUUAAACUCUAUCACCUCCAAGAGGAAGACGUUUUACAACUCUGGUGGAGAGAAUGGCAGAGGGGGGGCAUCUGGAGGACAGGCAAGGCAAGACCCAUGCUGUGGUGGCACAAACUUCAAAACGGCAAGGGAGCAGUUUAUUGUUGAUCGGCAGAAAAAACACCCACACCAGUCCCAGAGAGCCCAGCAGCCCCCUACGAUGGCAGCUACCAUCGGGGGUGCCACAAAGAAGUCACUGGGGGCCAACAGGCCACGGGGGACAUUUUCCAAAUUUGUGUCCCCCAUGCCGAGGCCGGAGGACAUAGAGAGUGGUGUCGGUAGCAGCAAUGCUCAGGAGACUCAGCCAGUCGACGAGCGUCUGAAAAACUUUGAGCCCAAGAUCAUCGAGCUGAUCAUCAGUGAAAUUAUGGACGAUGGUCCGCCCGUAGCCUGGGACGACAUCGCUGGCCUGGAGUUUGCAAAGGCCACGAUUAAGGAGAUUGUGGUGUGGCCUAUGCUCCGGCCUGACAUCUUCACUGGCCUCCGUGGUCCACCCAAAGGCAUCCUCCUAUUCGGGCCCCCGGGCACAGGAAAAACUCUGAUCGGGAAGUGCAUCGCUUGCCAGUCAGGGGCCACCUUCUUCAGCAUCAGUGCCUCGUCUCUCACCUCGAAGUGGGUGGGGGAGGGAGAGAAAAUGGUUCGAGCACUCUUCGCCAUCGCCCGCUGCCAUCAGCCAGCUGUUAUCUUCAUCGAUGAGAUCGACUCUCUUCUGUCCCAGCGUAUGGACGGGGAGCACGACUCAUCCCGACGGAUAAAGACAGAGUUCCUGGUUCAGCUGGACGGGGCGGCCACCUCAGCCGACGACCGCGUCCUGGUGGUGGGGGCCACCAACCGCCCACAGGAGAUAGACGAAGCGGCCCGGCGCCGCCUUGCCAAGCGCCUCUACAUCCCCCUCCCCGAGGCAGCUGCCCGACGGCAGAUAGUCUCUCACCUCAUGGCCCGCGAGAAGAGCCAGCUGGGAGAGGACGAGCUGGAGACAGUGGUCACAGGGACGGAGGGCUUUUCUGGGGCUGAUAUGACGGGGCUGUGUCGGGAGGCAGCGCUUGGCCCCAUCCGGAGCAUCCAGCUCCGUGACAUUGCCACCAUCACCCCCGACCAGGUGCGGCCCAUCCUCCACUGUGACUUCCAGGAGGCCCUGAGGACAGUAAGGCCCAGCGUCUCAGCCAAAGACCUGGAGCUCUAUGAGGAGUGGAACAAGACUUUUGGUUGUGGUCGUUGAUCUGGGCAGCAGUAUAGACUCCGAUUACAAAUAUCAGCCUAUAUUUAACAUUUACUGCUGUUGGGGAUAUAUUUAAUUUGUUUUGUUCAGUAAAUGACCUAGCAUUUAAAUGUUAGUUUUCCUGCGACAGACUACCAUAAGAUUUUAAUAUUCUUUCUGAAUGUUUACUUGGUUUUUCACUUACUGAUCAUUGGCACAGUAUAUUUAUUCACAAAUAUAGGUUAUUUGUUUUUCUACACUUGGAUUCACUAAAUAAGAUGUUGGUGUAAGUAAUAUGUUCUUAAUAAAGUUGCUGAAUGUU